AUGGAACCUCCACAGAAGAAGAGCAAACUGCAGCAGCUGCUGACCUUCAAAGCUGCUUUGCCAGGUCACUCCCAAAGUGCACUGGCUGCUUUUGUGGAAGUCGCCAAGGAACAAGGCCUCCCAGAGAAGAGCUCUUCCAAUGACCAGCGGAAAGCCAGGGAGGAGCUUCUACAGAGCUGCCAUGGUGGGCUACUGGGUCCUUUGAUCCAAGAAGCAGAGGUCACCACCGAUGAUGGUGCCAAAGUCACCAUGUACUUUGCCAACCUCUUGGUUUACCUGGCCAGUCUUUUCCAGAUGGGUGGAAGCUUCCAUGAUCUGAUCCAAAGGAAGCACCGAGCCAACCCAUCAUCCGUCUCCAAGCCAUGGCAACUUAUACUUUAUGCAGAUGAGGUGAUACCAGGAAACGUCUUAGGACCUGCCCAACGUAAAUUUUGGGCCAUUUAUGCCAGCUUCAGGGAGAUGGACCAAUUCCUCCACCACGAGGACCUCUGGCUGACCAUCUCUCUUGAAAGGUCCAACUUCGUGAGCCAUGUCCAGGGCGGCAUCUGCCAGAUCAUGUCCAAGAUCUUGGAAACCAUUUUCGCCAAUGCCCACGUGGAACCAUUGGCAGGGUUUGUGUUGAAAUCCCCACAUGGCCCAGGUUCCGAUGUCCGGCUCCAUUUCCGGUGGGCCAUAUGUCUGGCAGACGGCGGUGCCCAUAAGCAGAUUUGGUCUUCCAAAGGUGAUUCUGGUACCAAAUUUUGCAUAUUAUGCGCCAACAUCCACUCAGGACCACCCACAGGCGACAACCACGACAUCAUGGACCACCGCACGACCAAAUACAGCCAAUUGGUUUUGACCACUGAUGAAGACGUCAUCCAGUCCUACCGCAGAUUAGACGAAAGGCGAGCCACGUGCAGGACCAAAGCAGAAUUCUCGCAAUGGCAACAAGCCACCGGUUGGACCUGGAAUCCCCAGGCCUUGCUCCUGAACCAGACUUUGUUGGCGAAGAACCAAGUGAAGCCAGUCAGCCAGUUCUGCCAUGACUGGAUGCACGGCAUUCUGCAAGGAACGGCCCCAGUCGUGCUGUUCCAGAGCUUCCAAGCCAUCUCCGAGCACUACAACAUUUGGGAGGCCAUGGGCCCAUACAUAAGGAUGUGGAACUUUCCAGGUGCUUCCAAGGCCGGUCACUUGGCUGGUUUGUUCGACACAAGCAAGGUCGCCAAGUACAAGAGCAGCCAGAAGUUCAGUUGCCAAGCUUCGGACCUCCUAGGGCUUUAUCCAAUCAUUCGCCAUUUUUUGCAUUCUGUUGUUGUGUCAAGCGGAAUCUGCCCAGAGGCUUGCCAAGCUUUCUUGAGCCAGGCCUGCUUGAUCGACCAGGUUCACCAAGGGGUCAUGUAUGGAGCCACCACCAGAGCCAGCCUUCUCAGGGCUGCGGAAGAAUCCAUCGAGACCUUCCAACAGGCCAACUUCGACGUGCCACUGAUGCGGAAGUGGCACUGGCUGCUCCACUUGCCUGAUAUUCUCCAACGGCAUGGGUGCCUGCCAUCGACAUUUACGAGCGAACGAAAGCACAAAACCAUAUCUGCUUUCGCCACAAGGCUCCAGAAAACAGCCGCCUUCGAGAUCCACUUGCUCAACCAGGUGCUCGCCACCGAGAUCACCACUUUGACACAGGCCGGGCUGUUUCCAGACUCCUGCCAGUUGGUGAAGCCAAAGAAGCCCAACAAGCACCAGCUGCAAUUCCUCAACCAGUUUGUGGAUUGCUCAGCAACUGAAGCCAUGGUUGCCUCUAUCGCGAGGCUCGCAAGGGGUGGUGCCAUCCAUGCCAACGACGUCGUGGUGUUCCACCAGGAAGACGGAAGAUGGGACAUGGGCCAAGUGCUUUUCCAUUUGGAGCUUGGAGGCGACAAAGCCACACUCGUCCAACGUUGGAGGCCAACAGAGACACAGAAGACAAAGCAGUUCGCCAAGUGCUCCAUCACCAACGAGCAAGGCUUCGUGUCCAUGGACUCCUUGCUGUACCCAAUGGUGUACAGCAAGACCACAGAGAGGGAGGCCACUGUGCUGCUACCGUACCAGCUGUACCACAGGUCAUGUUUGUGGAGACGCGCUAUUUGGAAGAGCCUCCUGGUGGAUGACAAGGUUCGUAGAUCUUAUGGAAGGCUCCAGCUGCAAGACGCAGAGGCCUCCUGGCUAAUGAGCGCCGAAUGCAGGAAUUGGAAUCAGGCAAUCCCUUCAUGCACAGAUGCCUUGGACAAGAUCGCCGAGGCCUUAGAGCAGGGUGACCUGGACGAUGCAUCAGAGCAAGGUGACCUGGACGAUGUUCCGAACAAGUUCGAGCGAAUGGCCACCGGUGGCCACCUGCAGGUGGAUUGGGAACUUGUCCGGGGCCUGUCUCUUCGAGACUCUUUGCGGUGCGGUGGCCGGAUGUGGUGGAGAUCUCCUGCGCUGCUGGACGACUCCGCCCGCGCCGCGAUCUGGAACAAGUCUCACCAUGUAAAGAAGUUCGACAUGUUCCUGUCGCACACCUGGAAGACCUCUGGAAUUCAGAAAGUUUUGGCGCUGCUGCUCCAGUCUGGCUACAAGUCCCUCCUCUUGUCUUGGUUCUUUGGUGUCAUCGUCACCGCGGAGCUCUCCGCAACUGCACGCCUGCCUUUGCCGUGGAAAUUUGAUGUGGAGCUGGUUGGGAUGCAGGCAAACUGCCUCGCGGGUCCUUGGGUGCUCCUUGCCAGCGUCUUCUUCUCUUUGCUGGGGCUCAUGGCCUCGCCCUACCUUCGUUGGCCCGGCUCCAAGGACGACUGCUUUAUCGAUGUGGCAAGCAUCCAUCAGACAGAUGCCAAGCUCAUGGAGAGGGGCAUCUACGGCAUCGGUGGCUUUUUGAAAAUCUCCAGGGAGCUCAGAGUGCUGUGGAGCCCUGGUUACCUUACCAGGCUCUGGUGCGUCUUCGAGCUGGCCGCCUACCGAACUGCAAAUCCGGAUGGCAAGAUCACCUUGGCCCCGCUGUUUGUAGAAGUGAUUGUCUACGUCGGCGUGGCCAUGAAUGUCGCUGUAGCCUGCGUGUGGUGGAUGGCACGCAUGUUCUUCAGGGAGUUCACUAGCGAGGGCGCCGCUCUUAUCACGGCUUUGCUACCCUGCUUUGUGGCUAUGCAUUUCCUUCGCAAGACAUUCAUGUCCAAGCACAAGCUCAUCUCCGACUUGGAGCAUUUCGACCUCUGCAAGGUGCAGUGCAGCAACGACUUCGACAAGGAGUUCAUCUAUGGAGCCAUCGAGGAAUGGUAUGGAAGCAAGGAGGCGUUCACUGCGUUUGUUCGAGGCCCGCUUCGAGCUGAGCUGCUUGAAACGGCGACCUCCAGUAACUAUGUGGCUUACUCGCAGGUCCUUCUUACACCCACACUUGCUUCCGGUCUGACUCUCCUCGCCUCCCUGUGUGCUGGGGGAGCGCACGUCCGCUGUAUUGCUGCUUAUGUCUUUGGCUCCUUCCUCGCCUUCAAUGUGUGUUUUUUGCUGUUCUUCAUUGCCCUCGUCCUCUACCUGUGCGACAGGUUCGCCGAACCCAGGUGGUCGGGUCUCCGCGACUUGGGCCAGACCCUGAUGCUCUACGUGCCUCUCAUCGCUCUCUUCUACUGUGCAGCCUGGAUAUCACGGACUGUGAGAGCCUGCAGCGUUUGUGCUGCCCUGGCAUGGUUUGCCGCGACGCUGCUCUGCACGCUACUGACCUUUAAGUCUCGGCGGCUGAUCUGA